AUGUGGAGGCGCCGGUUACUCGUGGCCACCCUCUGCCUCCUCUGGGCCGGGGCUCGGGCUCAGUACGAGCGCUACAGUUUCAGGAGUUUCCCGCGCGACGAGCUAAUGCCCUUGGAAUCUGCCUACCGCUACGGCCUGGACCAGUACAGCAGCGAGAACUGGCCGGAGAGUGUGAGCUACCUGGAGAUGAGCCUGCGCCUCUAUCGCCUUCUGCGGGACAGCGAGGCCUUCUGUCACCUCAACUGUAGCUCCGUCCGCAUGGAGGAAGAGAAAGAGGCCGACCGUUUCGAUGGUUUCCCGGAGCUGCGCUAUUUCGGGGACAUGCUACGCAGAGCACAGUGCCUGAAACGCUGCAAGCAAGGGCUGCCGGCCUUCCGCCAGUCUCAGCCCAGCCGGGAAAUGCUGGAAGAAUUCCAGCGCCGCGAUCCCUACAAGUUCUUGCAGUUCGCCUACUUCAAGGCAAACAAUUUUCCAAAAGCUGUUGCAGCCGCACAUACAUUUCUUCUGAAACAUCCGGAGGAUGAAAUGAUGAAAAGGAAUAUGGCGUAUUACAAAAGCAUGCCUGAUGCUGAAGAUUAUGUUAAAGAUUUAGAAAUCAGAUCGUAUGAGACUCUCUUUGUCAGGGCAGUAAGGGCCUACAAUGGAGAAAACUGGAAGACCUCAAUUUCAGACAUGGAACUGGCACUUCCUGAUUUCUACAAAGCCUAUGAUGAUUGUACAGCUGCCUGUGAAGGUUCCCGGGAGAUCACAGAUUUUAAGGAGUUUUAUCUGUCUAUCGCAGAUCACUAUAUUGAAGUUCUUAAGUGCAAACUGAGAUGUGAAAUUGAUCUGACACCUGUCAUAGGGGGCUAUGUUGUGGAAAAAUUUGUGGCAACUAUGUAUCACUACUUGCAGUUUGCCUAUUAUAAAUUGAAUGAUUUGAAGAAUGCAGCUCCAUGUGUUGCUAGUUACAUGCUUUUUGACCAGAAAGAUGAAGUGAUGAAACAGAAUCUUAUCUAUUACCAAUAUCAUAAAGAUAAAUGGGGACUCACAAAUGAAGAUUUCCAGCCUAGAGCCGAAGCCAUUCGAUAUUACAACAUAACAACGCUUCAGAAAGAAAUGUAUGAAUUUGCUAAGGAGUACGUAAUGGAUGAUGAUGAAGGUGAAGUAGUAGAAUACCUUGAUGAACUCCUGGAAGUAGAAGAUGGAACACAGUGAUUUUUAACAAGUAAAGAAGGUUAAGAAGCGAAUAUUCACCAUUGCUCCUAAGUAUUUCCAUGCAUCAUCUUUAGCUCAGGUUUAGAAAUACCUCAGGUCUUUAUCAAGCUUCAUAAGAUGCCCGACUUAUCCUGUGAAUUUUCUACCUUGCCAUUCAGCUGAACCUUGUUUUUCUUUAUUUCCUUUUUAAAAACUAUUAUUAUUAAAUUUCUUUGCCACCUAUCUCACUCUGAGGCUACUUUAGGCGACUCCCAAUCAUGAAAAAUAAAGAAAUAAAAAGGAAGUUUAAACAAAAGUAAAAGUAAAAUAGAACAAUGUGGAAAAUGUUGAGCAAUUUUUUCUAGUCAUUUUGCUAAGCAAAGGCAUCAUGAUUUAGGUGGGAUUUUGACAGAUGGGAGAUAUGGAUCUUUGUGAUUUGUUCUGUAUGAAAAGAGUUUUCAAAUGAGGAAUAGAAUAUGAAUCCUUCAAAUAAGUAAAGGCACAACUCUAUAAUUUUAAAGGAUGCUUUAUAUAUUAUACUGCACAGUGCAUUUAAAUAAAGUCUGAGUCUUAAGCCACAAGCACAUACUUUGAAAUAGCUGAAACUGCAGUCGUAUACUUGUAAGCUUAGAUGUUCAAACUUACAUGUAGUCCCCAUCUUAUGAUCCGAUAUCAAAGCUAUGGGGGGGCCAUCCUCUUCCUGCAGUCACAUGACCACAUUUUGGAUACUCAGCAACCAGACCACAUUUACUGCUAUUUGUAGGGCUCUGUGGACAUUAGAUUUCAAUCUAAGUCAUUUUUUCCCCAAAACUUUCAGGUUUCAAAAAAUUCUGCCCCAUAGCAAAACAAUAGGUUUGCUUAAUGACUGCUGCAUUCAUUUAUGAUCACAGCCUGUGCUUAACAACCAUUGCAAAAAAGAUCAUGUGAAGAUCUGCUUUAUGACCAUCAAGUCUGAUGACCAUAAUUGCCAGACUCAACUGUGGUCGUAAAUUGAGGGCUAUGUCUAUUUUGGAAGUCAAUCCCUUGAACUUGGAGCCUUUUUCCAAGUAGAGAUCCAUAGGAUGGCACUCUAAAUUGGCUAUAAUGAGAGUGCAGCUUGUGAUUUUAGUGAAUCUAAAUAUUUAAUAUUCAAGUAUAGCUUGCUUAGACUUCAGGCAUGCUUUAUCGAUGCAUGCAGAUAUUUAAAGAGUAUACAAACUCAGUGUAUGGACUUCAUAAUAUAGUAUGUAGAGUUCCCUAUAAAUGCACAUUUUAAAAUAAUUUCCAUACACAAUGACUUUGCAAUUCUACUGCAGAAUAAUUUUCAUGGACAGUUUGAUUUAUUCCAGGUUAUAGUCUUUAUUUGAUUAUAUACAUACAGCUCCUUUUCUAAUAGUAAGAAUAAAUACUUAAGAAAAGAUCUUUUCCAUGAUCUAGGUGCAGAUUUGACUAUCACUCUUACAACAGAGUUGUCCUUUAUGUGCAUUCAUAUACAAUAUAUGUAAUGCCAUAUAUGUAUAAUUGAUGACAUCCAUAAGAUGACCUCAUCAGUUUUCUUUUGCCUAUUUUAUAGGAACAUUACUAUUAUAAUUUAUAAAUUAUAAAUUAUUUCCAAAACUAUCUAGAAGCUGCUUUGGUGUGAAAUUUUCAACAUCUACACCAGUUUCUAAUCUAAAUCAACCCUGACUUAACCUGAAAUGAAAGUUUUCACUUCAUUCAGCCAAAGUCAAAUGCACCCAAAGAAAGUCUGAAUUAUUGCCAACAUAAUAAAAUUAGCACCAAUGAAUUCUUUAUACAAAUUUAGUCACUAAAUACUAGAUAGUAUUAACUAUUCAUGCUAAUACUAAUACUAUUUAAGUAGUAAGUUAAUAAGUGAUUCAAAACUUGAGCAAACACGUUUUUGUGUACUUCUGAGCUAAAUUUUAUAACAUUUUUCAGGCAUUCUGCAUGAGAAUGGAAGAGUUGUAGCUGAUUUAAGACUUGUAUUAACUUUAAUAAGUGGUUUUCUGAAAGCAAGGUCAUAUUUUUCAGGCUUGCAUAGAAGCUGAAUAAGGCAGAGGGCUUUUAUGAAUAUCAGAGAAAUGCUUGGUUGAAUGAGAUCCAAGGCAAUUUUUGAAUCAUUGCAUAGAGUUCUAAUAAUUAAUUUAAAAUCCACAAAUUUCAGAUUUAGAUUGAAAUGAAAACAUAUUUUUAUUAUUCCAAGCAAAGUUCUGAGCAUGAUUUUCAUUUUUUUAAAUAUAUUUCAAAUGAAAAUAUUAGUGUAUUACUAAAAAUUAAGUAGUUCUAUCUCAAUAAUUCAACUCGUUCCAAUAAAAUCCCACUUUCACAGUAUAAAAAGAUAUAUUUCUAGGUAGCAAACAACAAGAAAAAUGUGUUUUCUAACAACAAGUAAAAUGCAUUUUCUAACUAAUAAAUGGUGAUUAAUCUGGGAUGAUUCUCUCCCAUCCUGAAAUUAUCAGUAGAAGGGUAGAAUUGUUCCAGACAAAUCAACUAAAAAGAAGAAGAGCAAUAUGGAAACAAUUCUUGAUGGUUAAUACUUAGUGAAACACUCAUGUAAUUACUACCCAUGUUAUUUUAUGCUCACUUUGGGAAAAAAUGUAAAUUUUCAAAUAAAUUAUGUCUUCCUGACACAAA